AGGAAAAGAAAGGGUUAAUGUUAGUUUAGUCCUGAGGAAGGUACUGGGUGGAGACCGAGUGAUGUCAGGACUGCGUACCGACUGAUGCGUACUGAAAACCGGCUACAGAGCGAAGGAGGUGUCGGCGAAAGGCUGAAAACAGUGGAAGCGGUGGCGACGUUAGCUACAGACCAAAUUCACGACCUCUGUGGCAAAUACAAAAGAAACAAUGAAUCAGUAGCCACUGAAGGGCGACUCUCAUUUAAUUGUCUCAGCUAAUAUAGCCUACUAUUUAAUGACUUGCAGCAAAAGAAACGGGCCGGAGUUGCCAAGGUCCCCGCAGCCACGCAGACGCACUGCUGAAUGAGGAAGUACAUAAGGACGAACAGACCCUACUGAGAGAGUGACAGACAGACGUUUCUUUCUGGGGGAAGAUUCUGUUCUUCUGUCCUGAGCAGAAGAACGGAGGAGCCAAAGGCUGGAGCUUGCAUCUAUUGAUACGUUGCUAGCCUGUCACACACACACAAUUAUGCUCUUUUGUAGCCAGAAGUCAGCAAACUGUACAACAGACUGACUUUGAGGCCAGGAGGGAAGCGGUUUUGAGUUGUUCACGCAUUCUGCUGGUGGCCUGCUGUGUUGUUUAAAGAAGAAAAUCACAAAAGUAAUAUUUUAAUGCAUUAUUUCACGAAUUUCAUUCAUAAUAAUAAUCAUCUGAGCAAAGAGUGUGAGAGUGCAUCUAGUUUUUUGAUGUUUUUUUGCCCUCCACUGAGUUCAUUGAAAGAAUCGGAGUGAAUGAAGAUGAAAUGUCACAGGGACAAGCCUGGCUUUUCCUGCUGAAGUUUUACCCGGCUCUUCGCUGCUGAGACCGUGACGAAGGAGAGAGAUAGGAAGGACGAAGCGGGCCAGAGGGGUGCUAGAGGGCGAGCGGGAGAGCUGGUCAGAACGCACAAAAAAACCCAGGGCGACUGACUGCUGUAAGGACAGAGGUGGCAUGGCGGUGCCUGCCUAGGCAGCGCAGUCUUAACACGGGAGAGGUGGUCAUGCUCCACUGAGCCGUGGUUUCCCCGCAGGUCGUGUAAUGAGCCCCCGGGCUGUGAGCAGGUUCCCAGGGGUGGUGUGCUGAGUUACAGGAGGGGGUGGAGAGUAGGGAAAAGCAGGAUGGAUGCGAGUGAACAGGCCCAUGCCCUGUGCCCACUCUGACUGCCAUUCUCCGGUGGAGAGCUCAGCUAAUCGGCGCAGUUUCGUAAUUACAUCUUUUCAUUUUCCAAAAAAAAAAUUGGCUCCUUUCUGGGUGCUGUUUGAAGCGGAAGCAAGCUGGAAGGGAUCGUCAGGGGUGCGUGCGUGCGUGUGUGUCACAGCGGGGGAGCCCUACUCGGCUGCACUUUGAAGGAGCUUUAAAACGUGCAGGGGAAAGGCACAGACCCUGACCAUGGGCAAGUCCAACAGCAAGCUGAAGCCGGAGGUGGUGGAGGAGCUGACCCGGAAGACCUACUUUACUGAGAAAGAAGUACAGCAGUGGUACAAGGGCUUCAUUAAGGACUGUCCCAGCGGGCAGCUGGACGCAGCUGGCUUCCAGAAGAUCUACAAGCAGUUCUUCCCCUUCGGAGAUCCCACCAAGUUUGCCACUUUUGUCUUCAACGUCUUCGACGAGAACAAGGACGGACGCAUCGAGUUCUCCGAGUUCAUUCAGGCCCUGUCCGUCACCUCGCGGGGGACCCUGGACGAGAAGCUCAGAUGGGCUUUCAAGCUGUACGAUCUGGAUAAUGACGGCUACAUCACCCGAGAUGAGAUGCUCAACAUCGUGGAUGCCAUUUACCAGAUGGUGGGAAACACUGUGGAGCUGCCUGAGGAAGAGAACACGCCAGAAAAGAGAGUGGACCGUAUUUUCGCCAUGAUGGAUAAGAACGCUGACGGCAAGCUGACGCUGCAGGAGUUCCAGGAGGGAUCGAAGGCGGACCCCUCCAUUGUGCAGGCUCUGUCUCUGUACGACGGGCUCGUAUAGGACCGGGGAGGGAGAGGAGAUACCCAAGCAGUGUUCAGUCCAGUGCCAUUACACUUGUUCUUGGAAGAAGCCAAAUCUCUCCUGGGACCCCCCCACCUGGAAGCCCAUGGGAAGGAUGAAGAGCGGGGAGGGGGGGUCACAGGAACAAGCUGACGAGGGUUUUCCUCCUGUCAAUCAGUCAUCGCCAUCAUCACCCAGAACAUCAAGCCUUCUUAUCCGAGACCUGAGGCGUCCUCGCUGUGGCUGAGGAACUCUGUUUUUAAGAUGGAAAAAUUGAGAGGGACAGAAUGUCUGGAGGAACUUGAAUGCUUUUUCCGUUUCUGUGUUUCCCUGCUUUAUCUGAACUGCAGACGCCCCCUGUGGGCUCUGCGUGGCCAGUGCAGAUUAUUCUGCACACGUGACCACCAGAGAGUUCAGUUAAUGGAGAGCGCUAACCCAAUCAGCACUCAUUCUUUUCGAGUUUUUGAAAAGACCAAAAAAAAAAAAACAUUGUUUAUGUAUAUAUUGGCUUUUAACAUUUGAAAAUGCAACAUUGCUGAGGUUUUGUGAAAGUGUUGUGCAUUCACUUAGAAUGAAACUUAAGUGUUAUUUAUAAAUUGUUUUGCUUUUUAUAUUGAAUGAAACCUUCCCGGUGUCCUAGGCUACUGUACUGGCUGGAGUGUAAGUAUAUUAGCCUAGGAUAGCAUUCUGCUGUCUCCUCACUUCUCAGAGUGGAGAAACUUUAGGGGGAGAUGAUUCUUUAUGUAUUAAUUUAAUAUAUUUUAAGGUACAGUAUGUUUCCAUUGUGUUGUCUGUAUUCCUUCACUUGCUUGCACCAACAAGCAUUCUGCAAUGUGUCAAACUCGCACCAUUGUGUGAAAUGGCUACAGUGUUGUCAAUACAUUGACUAAUAAAAGGCUGUAGAACAGGCCGCCUCCAACCAAAAAAGAAGAAUAGCCCACAAAUCAGUUUUUUUGCACAUUAUUUUUGUUCACUGAUGUCGCCACUUCUCUUGUUCUCGGUGUUUUGUGGGAGGAAGGCUGUCUUGCAGUUUUUCACCAGCCUACAGGCGUUUGAGGACUGAAGACCAGCUCUUGUACGGUCACGUCUCCUGUGGCUGAGAAAGAAAGGGAUUCUUCUCUCCCUUUUUAAUACCCCCAGACGACUGGGGAAGUAACAUGAAUUGCUCUGCAGUGUCUUUUUAGUGUCGUUUCGGCGAUGUGAUUUCCUGUCAAACAAAGCCAUAGCUCUUGUGUGUAAAGGCUUUUUGUUUUGGUCUGUAAGGCUCCUAAGAAGUGUCAACACAUUAGGGCCGUGUCAGGCCUCAUUAAUUAAAACCUCUCUCCAGCGACGUGGGUCAACACAAGAAACCUUUUCUCUUUGUCCGGGUCCGUAAGUUGAUACCUGAAUUGCUGUGUAAAUCACAGAACAAUCGUCCAAUGUUGCUGCUUCUGCUGCACUGAAAUAAAAUAAAGAUUGCAGGGUGUAAUUUUUCCUUUUUUGCUAUUGGUGUUCCUGGUAAUGCGUCUCUUUGAAUGUCCAGUAUUGCUUAGGUUCAUGUGAUGUAAAAACCUUUUUAUUUUCUGAAAUAAUUAUUUUGAAAAAAAUUGAAAUAAAAGGACAAAUAAUGAGA